AUGGCGGACGAGGGCGCCGAUGAGGUGAAAGUAUUUCGACGAACAGACGCCGAAGAUCUCGAAACCAAUGCCCAGUCUAGUCAUCAAUUGGCUGAAGAUAAGAAGGACGUUGUUCUAGAGACUGAGCUAGAAUCUCGGCCUAAUGGUGAUCCCUUAAUAGGACGUCGAACGAACGAGAAGAUGAGUAAAUCACCUUCGAAUGGAGCCAAUGCGUUCAUGGUCAUUCGACCAUCGAUGGCAAUGUUCGGAUCGUGUUCACUACGACCUUUGCUUAGCGAAGAUUGGCAAGAGUGGUUCUGA